AUGCUAAUCUCCCAAACAAUAAUAGGAAUUGUUCAACACUCCAGCGGAAGAAGAGCAACAAACUACAAAUGUGAAAGAAACAAAAGGGUACAAACAAACCCCAAAAUGCCACCACAAUCCCCACCCACCAAACCCAUCAAACCCUACUUCUUCUACGGCCACCGCAUACCCACCCAGAACCGCCCCACCGUCCAUGGUGGCCUCUUCUCCAACCGCCAAACCCUCAACCCAAAGAACCCAACUCACCAUCAUAAACCAAAGCAACCCUUUGACCUCCAAAAGUGGGACCCAGACUCACCCAAAUGCCUCUCACUUCCACCCUCCAAAGACCCAUCACACCAAUUCUUCUCCAUUGCCCAAACUCUCUCUCCGAUUGCCCGUUAUAUUGUUGAUGCCCUGAGGAAACACAAGCAAUGGGGCCCACCUAUUGUUGCUGACCUCAACAAGCUCCGCCGUGUCACCCCGAAGCUCGUUUCCGAGGUCCUCAAGGUCCCACAUAUAGACCCAAGACUGUCGUCCAAGUUCUUCCACUGGGCAGGUAAGCAAAAAGGUUAUAAACACGAUUUUGCUUGUUACAAUGCAUUUGCGUAUUGUUUGAAUCGAACUAAUCAGUUUCGGGCAGCUGAUCAAGUACUUGAGUUAAUGCACAUGCAAGGGAAGCCACCUAGCGAGAAACAAUUUGAGAUUUUGAUUAGAAUGCAUGCUGAUGCUAACAGAGGUCUUAGGGUGUACUAUGUGUAUGAGAAGAUGAAGAAAUUUGGGGUGAAACCACGUGUUUUUUUGUAUAAUAAGAUAAUGGAUGCAUUAGUCAAAACAAAUCAUGUGGAUUUGGCAAUGUCAGUUUAUAAUGAUUUUAAGGAGGAUGGGUUGGUAGAGGAGAGUGUUACCUUUAUGAUUUUGAUAAAGGGAUUGUGUAAAGCAGGACAGAUGGAUGAAGUCUUAGAUCUUUUGGGUCGGAUGAGGGGGAAUUUGUGUAAGCCAGAUGUGUUUGCGUACACAGCGAUGGUGAGGGCAUUGGUCUCUGAGAGGAAUUUGGAUGGGUGUUUAAGGGUUUGGGAGGAAAUGCGAAGGGAUAAGAUUGAGCCGGAUGUUAUGGCUUAUACCACUCUUGUCACAGGGUUAUGCAAAGAGAACUUAGUUGUGAAAGGUUAUGAGUUUUUUAAGGAGAUGAAAGAGAAAGGGUGUUUAAUAGAUAGGGCCAUUUAUGGGUCUUUGAUUGAGGCUUUUGUUGCAGAUGGGAAGGUUGGUUCUGCUUGUGAUUUGCUGAAGGAUUUGAUGGACUCAGGGUAUAGGGCUGACUUGGCAAUAUAUAACUCCCUGAUAGAAGGCUUAUGUAAUGCAAACCGAGUUGAUAAAGCUUAUAAGCUUUUCCAAGUUUCAAUUCAAGAGGAUCUCCAACCAGACUUUAUGACUGUGAAUCCCAUGUUGGUGUGUUACGCAGAGUCUAGGAGAAUGGAUGACUUGCGCAAAUUGCUCGUUCAGAUGAAGAAUUUGGGUUUUAGUGUCAAUGGCGAUCUCUCGAAAUUCUUAUCAUUUAUGGUGGGAAAUGAUGGUAGAGUCCUGAUGGCUUUAGAAGUGUUUGAAGAGUUGAAGGCAAAAGGUUACCAAGAUGUUUCGUUCUAUAAUAUUCUUAUGGAGGCUUUACACAAGAUUGGGGAGGUAAAUAAAGCAAUAUCACUUUUCCAUGAAUUAAAGGAUCUGAACUUUGAACCUGACUCCUUAACCUUCAGCAUUGUUAUAACAUGUUUCAUUGAAGUUGGAGAUAUCCAAGAGGCGUUUGCAUGCUAUAAGAAAAUCAAAGAGAUUUCUUCAGUCCCCUCUGUUGCUGCCUAUUGUUCUCUUGUUAAAGGACUCUGCAAAAUUGGAGAGAUUGAUGCCGCUAUGAUGCUCAUUCGUGACUGUUUAGCCAAUGUUGUCAGUGGACCCAUGGGAUUUAAAUAUACACUUACAAUUCUCCAUGUUUGCAAAUCAAACGAUGCUGAGAAGGUAAUUGGAGUUCUAGAUGAGAUGAUACAACAGGGUUGUCCUCCUGAUGAUAUUAUAUAUUCUGCAAUUAUCUGUGGCAUGUGCAAGCAUGGAACAAUUGAGGAGGCAAGAAAAAUAUUUUCAAAUAUUAGAGAGCGGAAGGUCCUAACUGAAGCCAAUUUGAUUGUUUACGAUGAGAAACUUAUUGACCACAUGAAGAAGAAAACAGCAGACUUAGUGCUGUGUGGAUUAAAAUUUUUUGGUUUGGAGUCCAAGUUAAAAUCAAAGGGCUGCAAACUUCUGGAAAGUUGAAAAGUGGAAUCAGGUAGUGGAUCAUUUAUAUGGUAUGCAGUUAGAAACUUUUAGCAUGCAUUUUAAUAAAACCUGCUCACUAUAUCAUUAUUGGUUGUGGAUCUAGCUUGAAUCAAAUCUAUCAAGAUUCUGUUUGAUCUGAUUACGGCUGAAUCUUGUAAUUUGUUAAUUUUGUUGCCCAUCAAAUAUGGGUAAAAUAACCAUUUUAUUAACACUUUUCACUUAAAAAUCUGAUAUGGAAUCUCCGCAAAACUCAAGUUUGUCACCAUGGUGUUCCCAAAACAAAAUGAACUCAGAUAGCACUUAGCUUGAAUUCAAGAUGCUUGAUAAAUGGAGGCGUCCACAAUUCUUAUUUUGCAUUCAUUUUCCUUGUGUUGAGUGUAGAAUAGAGAACAGCUUUAACAAAGGAUUUUGGUUCUAACUUCUAAAAGCAUGCCACUGGGUUUGCUUCCUGCAGAAAAUGUCAUCUGAUAUCUUUAAAUAUAUUUGCCAGAGAGUAUUCCUCGAUUUCAGUAGGGCAGCUGGAUACAUAGACAAAUGAAGUGUCAUUUGCUUAUCACCUUUGCCAUGUAGAGUUGCCUUUUUUUUGCUGAAUGAUUCUUUGAUCUUCACUCUAUAAGCAUUAUCUUUUGUAUGAAACAAAAACAACUACAACUACCAUGACUGAGGCCGAUGGAAAGUAUGAGGCCACCUUAAUAACAGACAAGUGUGUGUACAACAGAAACAUUAGAGAGAGAGAGAGAACGGUGGGGGGAGUUCAAUUCAGGAACAAAUAAGGCUAAAACUCUGAUUUCUGUCAACAAUUCAGCAAUCCUUGGAAUCAAGUAAGAGACAGUUGGUAAACAAGAACUAAUUUCGCACUUUCUUCCAGGCUCCAGUAUCUAGAUAUAUGUUCAUUGUCUCCAGCUUUUUCAGCAACCAAAGGGCUGAUGUCAUGUUGCUGGCAGCCACCAAACCAGCAAUGCUAAUUGUUAUACUUAUGAUUGGGAUCUGUCCCCUCUAGCAAGACUGUUUCCAUAGUGACCAUCAGACUGUUUCAGGACUCCGGACCGUAUAUCCACGGAACCA